UUUUAUUGUGAAGAGGUGUCCCGGAUGUGCGCGCGGUUCCUCCCUGCAGCGGCGGAGCGUCGAGGAGGAGGAGUUGAAGGUCACAGCAGCAUCCUCAGCAUCCCUCCACCGAACCUCCGGAACCAGGCCGAACCGAGCCGCCGCCAUGGGGAACCGGGGCAUGGAGGAGCUGAUCCCGCUGGUGAACCGCAUGCAGGACGCCUUCGCCUCCAUCGGCCAGAACGCGAUCCUGGACCUGCCGCAGAUCGCCGUGGUGGGCGGCCAGAGCGCCGGCAAGAGCUCGGUGCUGGAGAACUUCGUGGGCAAGGACUUCCUCCCUCGUGGAUCUGGAAUCGUGACGCGGCGCCCCCUGGUGCUCCAGCUCAUCAACUGUGCAACAGAGUAUGCAGAGUUCCUCCACUGUAAGGGAAAGAAGUUCAUCGACUUUGAUGAAGUUCGUCAGGAGAUCGAGGCGGAGACGGACCGAGUGACUGGACACAACAAGGGAAUCAGUCCGGUGCCCAUCAACCUGAGGGUGUACUCCCCCAACGUGCUGAACCUGACGCUGGUGGACCUCCCUGGCAUGACCAAGGUCCCGGUCGGCGACCAGCCUGCUGACAUCGAGCAUCAGAUCAGAGACAUGCUCAUGCAGUUCGUCACCAAGGACAACUGUCUCCUGUUGGCUGUGUCCCCUGCCAAUUCUGACCUCGCCAACUCCGACGCCUUGAAGAUUGCCAAGGAGGUCGACCCUCAAGGUCUGAGGAGCAUUGGGGUCAUCACCAAGCUGGACCUGAUGGACGAAGGGACUGAUGCCAGGGACAUCCUGGAGAACAAGCUGCUGCCGCUGCGCAGAGGUUACAUCGGGGUGGUGAACCGCAGUCAGAAGGACAUUGAUGGGAAGAAGGACAUCACCGCCGCCCUGCAGGCCGAGAGGAAGUUCUUCCUGUCUCAUCCGUCCUACCGUCACCUGGCCGACCGGAUGGGCACCGCCUACCUGCAGAAGGUCCUCAACCAGCAACUGACCAACCACAUCCGGGACACGUUACCAGGGUUACGGAGCAAGCUGCAGAGCCAGCUGCUGUCCAUCGAGAAGGAGGUGGAGGAGUACAAGAACUUCAGGCCUGACGACCCGAGCCGCAAGACCAAGGCCCUGCUCCAAAUGGUGCAGCAGUUCGCGGUGGACUUUGAGAAACGGAUCGAAGGUUCUGGAGAUCAGGUGGAAACCUACGAGCUUUCAGGAGGAGCCAAGAUCAAUCGUGUCUUCCAUGAGCGCUUCCCCUUUGAACUGGUCAAGCUGGAGGGCGAUGAGAAGACUCUACGUAAGGAGAUCAGCUAUGCCAUCAAGAACAUCCACGGGAUCCGGACGGGUCUGUUCACGCCGGACAUGGCCUUCGAGACAAUCGUCAAGCGUCAGAUCGCCCAGAUCAAAGAACCCUGCCAGAAGUGUGUCGACCUGGUGAUCAGUGAGCUGGUCAACACCGUGAGGCAGUGCACCAGCAAGCUGGCGCAGUUUCCAAUGCUCAGAGAGGAAAUGGAAAGAAUCGUCACUCAGCAUAUCAGAGACAGAGAGAGUCGCACCAAAGACCAAGUGAUUCUGCUGAUCGACAUCGAGUUGGCCUAUGUUAACACCAACCACGAGGAUUUUAUCGGCUUCGCAAAUGCGCAGCAGAAGAGCAGCCAGAUAAAUAAGAAAAAGGCUGCAGGGAACCAGGACGAGAUCAUGGUGAUCCGGAAGGGCUGGCUCACCAUCAACAACAUUGGCAUCAUGAAGGGCGGAGCCAAGGAGUACUGGUUCGUCCUGACGGCGGAGGCCCUGUCCUGGUACAAGGAUGAUGAGGAAAAGGAGAAGAAGUACAUGCUGCCGGUGGACAACCUGAAGCUGAAGGACAUCGAGAAGAGCUUCAUGUCCAGCAAGCACGUCUUCGCCCUGUUCAGCACCGAGCACAGGAACGUCUACAAGGACUACCGGCAGCUGGAGCUGGCCAGCGAGUCCCAGGAGGAGGUGGACAGCUGGAAGGCGUCUUUCCUACGCGCCGGGGUGUACCCUGAACGCAGCGUGGACAAGGACAAGGUGGAGGCAGAGGAGUCCAGUUCUGAUGGACAGAUCCACAGCAUGGACCCUCAGCUGGAGAGACAGGUGGAGAUCGUCCGCAACCUGGUGGACUCAUACCUGUCCAUCAUCCACCGCACCGUCAGGGACUUGAUCCCCAAGACCAUCAUGCACCUGAUGGUCAACAACACUAAGGAGUUCAUCCACUCUGACCUGCUGGCUCACCUGUACUCCUGUGGAGACCAGAACAGCCUGAUGGAGGAGUCGCAGGAGCAGGCCCAGCACCGGGACGAGAUGCUCCGGAUGUACUUUGCUCUGAAAGAAGCUCUGAACAUCAUCGGGGACAUCAGCACGUCCACCGUUACCACGGCAGCGCCUCCCCCUGUGGACGACUCAUGGCUGCAGGUGACGGGGAUGCCGUCUGGACGCAGGUCUCCCAUGUCCAGCCCGACCCCCCAGCGCCGGGCGCCUCCUGGUCCGCCACGCCCUGGGGGCCGCGCCGCUCUGUCCCGCCCUGCGGUUUCCCCCGAUCCUGGAGGAGCGCCGCCGUCUGUCCCCUCACGGCCCAAUAGAGCGCCCCCUCCUGGAGUCCCCAGUCGCCCCGGUAAAGGUAGCCCCGCCCACGGAGAGAGCCCCCAGUCGUCCAUGGAGGGCUGACCCGACGACCUCUGACCCCUGACCAGUGUGUGAUCUGCUCCCCUCGUGUUGGUGACCAUUAGUAGCUCGUUGUGAUGAAUCCAAACCACCUGCUGUCCACUCGUCUGUCUCACUGUGGACAUGGACAACUGCAGAGAUGUCCUACAGAGCAAGAUGCCUCACUCCGCUCCGGAUCUUCAGGCUGGGAUCAGUUCUGGAUUUUAGUUCCCUGGUUCCUCCGGAACGAAGCUGAGACGUUUCUUUACAGUGUAAAGUUUGAUUUGCCGUCUAUUUAUCGGUUAUUUAUCAGUUAUCGGUUAUUUGUUGAAUUUUUUUAUCGUUUAUGUAUUGUUGUUUUUUGUUAUUUAUUGCCUAUUGAUUACUGAUGAUCUGCCACUGAUCACGUUCUGUUGAUCCGGUGAUGUUUGACCCAGUUGGUUCUGUGGUGGACUCGAUUGGUCCCUCAUCCAGACUGGUUCCAUCUGCAGUUUGGGAGAUCUACCCUCUACUGGUUCCAACAGAUCCAACUGGUGUAAGUCGUAUCCAGACUGGUCCUCCUUGUCAUUGACUGGUUCCAUCUGGUUCCGGUUGGUGUAAACUGGUCCAGACUGGUUCAAACUGGUUCCUAUACUGAAUGAACCCAGUCAUCAGGACGGAGCCGGGCUUCAUUAGGUUCUAGAUCAAAGUUCUGUUUGUUUGGGUCGAUGCUUGGAUGGAUUGGGUUCUGGGUCGACCCGGUUUAGGUUCUGGACCCAGCUGCUGCUCCCUAAUUGGUUCUGAACAUGAAAACAACUAGCAUCAGCCAAUCAGAGCAGACACAGAGGAACCAAUAAGAAACCAUUAGAACUAAUGCUGCUAAGCUCCGCCCCUUCGCUCCCCGCCACCAUCUGAUGACCCGGUUCUGAGUGGCGUGAGCCUGUUGACCCGGUCCGGUCCUGCUGACCUGGUUCUGAGCAGCCCGGCAGCGUGGUUCUGAUGGAUCAUGGUCUGUUUUCUGUGUCGUGGUUCUGGUGCUCCAUGUAGCAUGUGGUUAGCGUGUGGUUAGCGUGUGGUUAGCGUGUGGUAGCCUUGAUGUGUUGUUGUUGAUCUGAGCAUGCUCAGUGACUCACUCUGAUCAUUCUAAUAAUAAACGUAUCGAUACUCUGACUCCGCCCACCAACCGUGUGUCAUGUGACCUCAAUAAAGUUAUGUGGAUCAAA